UGUUUGAAAAGUUUUCAGGAAGCUGGUGACAAAAACGAAACUGUCCCAACUUGAAGAAGACUUAUCCAGCUCGUCUUUUUUAAAAAAAAGUGUGACAGGCGUCUUUAGGGGCUUCAAAAUGCAGAGCAGUGCUUACGGGGCCUCGUUGGCCGGAGGUGCUUUCGAUCCGGUCUCUUUCUUGAAGCAGCCUCAGACCAUCGUGCGCUGCCUGAGCUGGUUAUGCUCCAUCGUGGUCUUUGCAACCAUCACAGCAGAAGGCUACACAAACCCACAAACCAAGGGAGUGGCCGAGUGCAUAUUCAAUAAAAACGACAGCGCCUGCAGCUAUGGGGUUGGGGUCGGAGUCCUGGCCUUCUUGGCUUGUGUCGUCUUCCUCGUGUUGGACGCCUACUUCCCACAGAUCAGCAAUGCCAAGGAGAGAAAACUCAUUGUUAUGGGAGAUUUGAUCUUCUCAGCUCUGUGGACGCUCCUGUGGUUCAUCUGCUUCUGUGUCCUGGCCAAUCAGUGGUCCAAAACCGAAGACAAUGCUGCUAUCCCCAGUGAUGCCGCCCGGGCUAUUGUGGCCUUCUCUUUCUUCUCUGUCUUCACCUGGGGCAUACUGUGCUACUUUGCAUAUGCAAGGUAUCGCCAAGGCGUCAGCGAGUUUGACCAGGAGUACAGAGACCCAGUCCACGACCAUGGCACGUACCCGCCUGCUCAGUACGCGGGCAGCAGCGGCCCCACGGGCUACCAGCAGUCUCCUUUCCCACACAGCACCCAGGAGCAACCAGGAGAGUACCAGCCUCCAACUUACUGAAAGACUGAGAUUUAAACACAUGAAUGCAACAGUGCAGCAGUGUGCCAAUGGUUUCAUUUACAGCUCGGCCUGUUCUCUGCACUCCUGCUUUCUUCCUGCAGAACAUGUUUUACAUGUUUGUUUUUGUCGAGCGCACUGAUGUGUUUUUAAGUUCGUUUUAUGGUUAUGAGUAGUCUGGUGGAUGUUUUGCUGUGUGCCACACAGAGCAGGUGAAAUAUGAUUAGUUUUAUUGGGAGAAUGUGUUGGUAAGAGAGCGAGGGUGAGUGUAGAAAACCAACUGUAGCCAUUUCAGUGUCACUCUUUGUCACGUGUUUGAGUGCUGUUUGAUUUGCUUUAAGAUGAAGCAUUGUUUUUGUUUUUUUGAAUGAAUAUGUCACUGUUUAGUACAUAUAGAUAUAUUUUCAUUACUCUCAGAUCCACAUAGAGCAGUUCAACAACCGUAAUGUAGUGACAGUUCAGUAUACAUUGUUAUUCUACCACAAAACAAACCCAUGUUAUUGAAUCAGUGGGUGCAUCAAAAAUGCAUCUGUAAUGUUUCUGUCUUUUUUUUUUUUUAAAUAAUUAACCACUGAAAAUGGCCUCUAUGCACUGAGAAACACAAUUAAUUGACAAUAUCUGAUCUAAGAUAGUUCAUUUUAAUGUUUAAAUCAACUUCUGCUGCAGUUUUGUUUCAUAUUUAAGGGUGUGUGGGUUUUUUAUUUUUAUUUAAUUUUUUUGCGGUAGCCAAAGCAUUCAUUUCUAGCAGCUACCUCCUGUAGAAAUUCAACGUGCCUUUCUAGAGUUCAGAUUUUAGAAAUAUCGAGUUCAGCCAUAAUUAGAUGUCAGUUAUUCAGUGAUAUUAGGGGUAAAUUGAUAUAUUUAUUAUCUUACUCAAUCCUUUAAAUCCAGGUGAAUGACAAUCAAACUGUAGUUCUUUUCUGCAUGUCUUGUUCCUCUUGCUUUCCUCACGCUGUAGUUGUACCUUUUUUUACUGUUGCACUCAAUGGCUUUAUAAUAAGUCCCCCAUUAAAGUGCCUUGUACAGUAUUCUGUAUCUCACAGGGUGUGCCAAAUAAAAUAAAAAACACUUGUUUUGAA